AAGACGAAACCGCCAUUUGCCGCGGUAUAACCUUGUCCAGUUCAGUGGACGCGUGCGCGCGGGUCCCUGUCAUUCGCGGUGUCAAAAGUCCCAAACCGACUUAAGAGCAGUUUUUUCUUCCUUUAAAUAACACAUUCGAUCGGAUCUUGCAUCUCUAGUGCCUUGCCGGCAAAGAAACGCCGAGCACUAUUUAUAUGUCCGGCAGGGACACCCUUUCCCACCGUUGCGCUUUUGAUCUUCUUUUGGGGAUCAUCCCCUUCCUCUGCAUUUUUGCUGCGCGAAUUGCACGAUUGAACUAGGUUGCCAUUGGGUUGGACUUGAUUCUGUAGUUGGUUUUUUAGCCUGGUCGAGUAAUUGGCAUCAAGAACUUGCGAUUUCGAUCUGCCUCUUUAAUUUGGGAGGGUUUUGCAACGGAAUUAACCUGUGAAUCAGGUUCUACAAGAUCAGUUCUUUCUGACCGGUGACAAAUUGAUCGCGCCAUGAGGAGAAGCGCGUGGCUACUGUUGCUGAUCGUAGCCUGUCUAUGCCCUGGGCAGAGCUUCUCAUGGAGCAUUUUCUCAUCGUCGUCCUCGUCCUCAGGGACGGCGAACAACGCCCGUCCCCCGGUGAUGGAGCUCGACGGCGCGGUGGCGGACUUCUCCAUGGACGGCACCACCAACCCGCGAGGUCUGAAGCUGCUGGAGAACGCGCGGAACAAGCUGGCGGGCCCCAAGAACUGCUGGCAGGAGGCGUACCGGAACCUCUUCGCCAGCUGCGGGGAGAUCAUGGCCGACAAGGAGCGGCAGGCGCGCCUGGCCUGGCACCUCAGCAGCUGCUACCAGGAGGACUCCGGCCGCCCGGCCUUCCCGUCCUGCACCGCCAGCUCCGGGAUGGUGCACUGCCGCAAGCGGCUCAGCGACUCCGAGAGCAAGGUGUUCCUCGAAUUCUUCCUCGAGACCAACACCCUGUGCCACCAGCUGCAAGCCGAGGCCUUCAAACACAGCACCGAGCGGCUGGUGAACGACCUGACCAGGUCCUCCAAGUCCGCCGAGGAGAAGCUGGAGGUGAUCGAGGACAGGUCCGAGCAGAUCAUCAACGAGUCUGUUAAACUGCAGGAAACGCUCACGUCGAUCGAGGCGCAGACGGACCGCCUGGCCGAGACGUCGAAGGACGUCGCGACGCAGAUCGACGACGUGCUGGCUCACUCCAAAGCGAUCUCCGAUCAAUCCAAGGAGAUCGCCACCUCCCAGGCGGCGCUGAAGGAAGGGCAGGCCGAGAUGAGGGAGAAGAUCGACGCCGGCAUGGAGCGCAUCCAGGAGUCAUACGAGAGCCUCGGGAGCGGCAUGGAUAAGCUGAAAGACGAAGCCGUUGAUAUUCAGAAGGAGAUACGGAGUGUCGGGGAUUCCAUGUCGUCCAAGAUGCAGGAUCUGCAGGGCACAGCUGAUGAGAUUGGGAGUGUGACGGGAAGGUCGCUCGAGAAUCAGGCGCAGCUGUUGGAUGGACAGAAUAAGGCCAUGGAAGGACUGAAUAGUCUCUACAGCUUUCAGUCGCAAGCUUUGGAGGAGAGCAGGGAAACAAUGGAGAAACUUGCACAGUUUGGGCAGCGUCAGCAGGAAGAGUUGCUGUCCAAGCAGGAACAGAUCCGGGAAGCACAUGAUCAUCUCAUCCAAAAUUCACACUCCAUACUGGAAGCCCAGGAAGAGUUCAGAGCAAAGCAGGCCAACAUCUUCGCCGCGCUGGACAAGCUUUACAUCCUCCACAACGCCAUUCUGGCCGAAUCUCGCUUCAUCAAGGCCUUCUUCUUCUACUGCUGCAUCGUGUUCCUCAUCUACAUGCUCACCAGCGCCAAGCAGACGUUCAGCAUCAGGGGCCAACUUUACUUCGGUCUGUGCAUCACGCUUCUGUUAGAGAUGGGUCUGAUCAAGAUCGGAGCAGGGGACUUCGAAAACCAGUACUGGGUCCUGUCCAAGGUGUUCUUGGUCAGAAUGGCGUUCCUCGCCGCUGCAACUAUUCAGAUACUGCACUCCAUAUUCACAUUCAGGGACUACGAGGUACUGAAUCAUCGGUUGCUGCAAACACUGGUGGAGAAAGUCCGGACGCUGGAGGAGAACGCGGGCGACAGGAUGCUCCCGUACGGUUCAGAGAGCGAUGAGAGCCUAGGGAACUACUCGUGGGUGUUCGACGAGCUGACAGACGAGGUGGACAGCAAAGGCGACCCCAACUACGCCUUGCCGGAGACGGUUCGCCGGAGGUACAACAACAACGCCUUGCCGGAAGAGGUCGCCGAGAACUCCAUCACGACGUCCAUCAGCCGGAAGUACAACCUGCGGCCGAGGAGCAGGCAUUGAUGAUCGCUCUACUAUGUCUUUUGUAUCUUAAUUAGGCCGUGUGAGUUUUGCACUAAUUCGGAUAUGUGAGUUUGGUUUUGCCCUCCAUUUUUUCGAAAAUUCUUUGCUUAGGGCUCCGUUUGAGAAUAUCGGAUAUGUAUUUCAUUCACACAGAUAUUGACCAAGUUUACACCAAACUGAACCUACAUUGAUUGCAUAUAUAAGCUCUAUAAGUGAAGUUUCAUGCCUGUUCA